UCUCAGGCAUUUGCACCUUGUGGCAGGUCUGUGUUGAGUUCAGAGGUCACUGGCAGCACCGCAUUUUUGGUCUCUCUCUUCAAUUUCUCAACUGAGAGAGAAAUUAAUAUAUUAAUCUCAUGGAAGAUCAACAAGUUAGAUAUAUUCUUGUUAAUUAAUCACACCCCUCAUUCACAAUAAGCCACAGAGUCUCUCCCAGAGGAUCGGAAAACGAGUAAACGACGAUGCCUCGAGCCAUCUCCGUUCUGCUUCAGCCCCGAUCCCUCCUCCUCUUCACCGUCGUCGUAAUUUUCCUUAUUUACGUUUUCACUUCGACCCAUCAAGAGGAGGAAGAGAGAGUUGAAGAAGUACAUGAAAUAACCCACAGAGUAUACCUGGAUAUUGAUAUUGAGGAACAGCGGUUAGGUAGAAUUGUUAUUGGAUUAUAUGGUCAAGUCGUACCAAAGACUGUUGAAAAUUUCAGGGCAUUGUGCACAGGAGAAAAAGGUAAAGGUGUUAAGGGAAAGCGACUGCAUUAUAAGGGAACGCCAUUUCAUCGUAUUGUAUCAGGCUUCAUGAUCCAAGGUGGAGAUAUCGUUCACGGUGAUGGGAAGGGAUAUGAAUCUAUAUAUGGUGGGACCUUUGCUGAUGAAAAUUUCAAAGUGAAACAUUCACAUGCAGGUACUGUUUCUAUGGUGAACUCAGGACCUAAUUCCAAUGGCUCACAGUUCUUUAUCACCACACUCAAGGCUAGUUGGUUGGAUGGGGAGCAUGUCGUCUUCGGCAAGGUUAUACAGGGCAUGGACUUUGUUUAUGCAAUAGAAGGAGGGGCUGGUACCUACAGCGGAAAGCCCAGAAAGAAGGUUGUUAUUGCCGACGCAGGAGAGAUCCCCAAGGACAAGUGGGAUGAGGAAAGAUGACACUUCUAGCAAAGGUUUUGAAUUUGAGUUUACUAGAUUGAUUCUUAGAUGACUGAUACUCAUUUCUUCGCCGUAACCAAGUUCCCUCGGCUUGGGCUUAUGAAUGGAAAUAUUAGUCUCUUUUUGUAAUUGGCAACAGUUGGUAAUACAAACACGCUUGCUGUAGAGAAACAUAGUAGAAAUCAUAUCCUCAUUUUUUUGUUCUCCAUCUUUUCGGGCAUGUACAUUC